ACUGGCGGCUGGCCGGGUGCUCGCAGGGGGAGCUGCUGCAGGCUCCGCGGCGGCGGCGGCGGCGGCAACGGAGGCUGCGGGGGCGGCGGCGAGAGCGGCCGGGCUUGGGCGGGGGAGCCGAGCCCGGCCCGGGAACCCCGGUAGCUAGAGUGAGCGGGGUACCUAGGCCCCUCACGCUGGACUCCACAGUCUCCGGGCCGCCUGACCUCCGCACGGGUAUAUGGGAUGGAAGCGGGACCCUCGGGAACAGCUGCGGGCGCCUACCUGCCCCCACUGCAGCAGGUGUUCCAAGCACCACGUCGACCUGGCAUUGGCACUGUGGGAAAACCAAUCAAGCUUCUGGCCAAUUACUUUGAGGUGGACAUCCCUAAGAUUGAUGUCUACCACUACGAAGUGGAUAUCAAGCCUGAUAAGUGUCCUCGCAGAGUUAACAGGGAAGUGGUGGAAUACAUGGUCCAGCAUUUCAAGCCUCAGAUCUUUGGUGAUCGCAAGCCUGUGUAUGAUGGAAAGAAGAACAUUUACACUGUUACAGCACUUCCCAUUGGAAAUGAACGGGUUGACUUUGAGGUGACUAUCCCUGGGGAAGGGAAGGAUCGAAUCUUCAAGGUCUCCAUCAAGUGGCUAGCUAUAGUGAGCUGGCGCAUGCUGCAUGAGGCGCUGGUCAGUGGCCAGAUCCCUGUUCCCCUGGAAUCUGUGCAAGCCUUGGAUGUGGCUAUGAGGCAUCUGGCAUCCAUGAGGUACACCCCCGUGGGCCGCUCCUUCUUCUCACCGCCUGAGGGCUACUACCACCCGCUGGGGGGUGGGCGCGAGGUCUGGUUCGGCUUUCACCAGUCUGUGCGCCCUGCCAUGUGGAAGAUGAUGCUCAACAUUGAUGUCUCAGCUACUGCCUUCUACAAGGCACAGCCGGUGAUUGAGUUCAUGUGUGAGGUACUGGACAUCAGGAACAUAGAUGAGCAGCCUAAACCCCUCACGGACUCUCAGCGUGUGCGCUUCACCAAGGAGAUCAAGGGUCUGAAGGUGGAAGUAACCCACUGUGGACAGAUGAAGAGGAAAUACCGAGUGUGUAAUGUUACCCGCCGCCCUGCUAGCCAUCAGACGUUUCCCUUGCAGUUGGAAAGUGGACAGACCGUGGAGUGCACAGUGGCACAGUACUUCAAGCAGAAAUACAACCUUCAGCUCAAAUAUCCCCAUCUGCCCUGUCUGCAGGUUGGCCAGGAACAAAAGCAUACCUACCUACCCUUAGAGGUCUGUAACAUUGUGGCCGGGCAACGCUGCAUUAAGAAGCUGACUGAUAACCAGACUUCGACCAUGAUAAAGGCUACUGCUAGAUCGGCCCCAGACAGACAGGAGGAGAUCAGCCGUCUGAUGAAAAAUGCCAGCUACAACCUAGAUCCCUACAUCCAGGAAUUUGGGAUCAAAGUGAAGGAUGACAUGACGGAGGUGACAGGGCGAGUGCUGCCGGCGCCCAUCUUGCAGUACGGCGGCCGGAACCGGGCCAUUGCUACACCCAAUCAGGGUGUCUGGGACAUGCGGGGCAAACAGUUCUACAAUGGGAUUGAGAUCAAAGUCUGGGCCAUCGCCUGCUUCGCACCCCAAAAACAGUGUCGAGAAGAGGUGCUCAAGAACUUUACGGACCAGCUGCGGAAGAUUUCCAAGGAUGCAGGGAUGCCCAUCCAGGGUCAGCCUUGCUUCUGCAAAUACGCACAGGGGGCAGACAGCGUGGAGCCCAUGUUCCGGCAUCUCAAGAACACCUACUCAGGGCUGCAGCUCAUUAUCGUCAUCCUGCCAGGGAAGACACCGGUGUAUGCUGAAGUGAAACGUGUUGGAGAUACGCUAUUGGGAAUGGCUACACAGUGUGUACAAGUGAAGAAUGUGGUCAAGACUUCACCUCAGACUCUGUCCAACCUCUGCCUCAAGAUCAACGUCAAACUUGGUGGCAUUAACAAUAUCCUAGUCCCACAUCAGCGCUCUGCUGUCUUCCAACAGCCAGUGAUAUUCCUGGGAGCAGAUGUUACACACCCACCAGCAGGAGAUGGGAAAAAACCUUCUAUCACAGCAGUGGUAGGCAGUAUGGAUGCCCACCCGAGCCGUUACUGUGCUACAGUGCGGGUACAGCGACCACGGCAGGAGAUCAUUGAAGACUUAUCCUACAUGGUGCGUGAGCUGCUCAUCCAGUUCUAUAAGUCAACCCGCUUCAAGCCCACCCGCAUCAUCUUCUACCGAGACGGGGUUCCUGAAGGUCAGCUCCCCCAGAUCCUCCAUUAUGAGCUGCUGGCCAUUCGUGAUGCAUGCAUCAAACUGGAAAAGGACUAUCAGCCUGGGAUCACAUAUAUUGUGGUGCAGAAACGCCAUCAUACCCGCCUUUUUUGUGCUGACAAGAAUGAGCGAAUUGGGAAGAGUGGUAACAUUCCAGCUGGGACCACUGUGGACACCAACAUCACCCACCCAUUUGAGUUUGACUUCUAUCUGUGCAGCCACGCAGGCAUCCAGGGCACCAGCCGACCAUCCCAUUACUAUGUCCUUUGGGAUGACAACCGUUUCACAGCAGAUGAGCUCCAGAUCUUGACGUACCAGUUGUGCCACACUUAUGUACGAUGUACACGCUCCGUCUCUAUCCCAGCACCUGCCUACUAUGCCCGCCUGGUGGCUUUCCGGGCACGAUACCACCUGGUGGACAAGGAGCAUGACAGCGGAGAGGGGAGCCACAUAUCUGGGCAGAGCAAUGGGCGGGACCCCCAGGCCUUGGCCAAAGCUGUGCAGGUUCACCAGGAUACUCUGCGCACCAUGUACUUCGCUUGAAGGCAGAACGCUGUUACCUCACUGGAUAGAAGAAAGCUUUUCAAGCCCCAAGAGCUGUGCCGCCCAAAUCCAGAGGAAGCAGGGAGGAGGGAGGUGGGGAAGGGAGGAAUGUAGAAGGCCUUGUGUCCUUCUACAGAGGGGAUGAAAAGGUGGGGAACAGGGCCAGUAAGCCAGACCACCAGCCAGAAAUCUCUGAUAUCCACCUCAUGCCCCCUACCCCUCACCCCAUCUUUGUCAUGUCUGGCCCUGACCCCACUGGACCAAAAGGGGCAGCACUGGUGCCCACCAAACACACAGGCGUCUCACGUGACUCACAGUGCUAAAGACUCGCUCCUGACAGCUUGGUAAGGUCGGCUCUGCAGCCCUGUGGACAAAAGCUGGUAGGUUUGAGUUUGAUACUUUAGAUGGGAAAGUGAGGGACUUGAGACAGUGGGUGGGAAAAGGGAAGGAUUUUUUUAGGAGCCUUAAUCAGAAAAGGUCUAGAUUUGUUUAAGAAGAAAAACGAAACAAGACCCAGAUCAAUAUUUUAGGAUACUAGAUGUUUUAAUGGGUUGAGAAUCCAGUUUAUAGGAAGAUUUUUAAUGCUAAUGGUUUUGGUUGCUCCUCCCCCAGCUGCCACCCUCUACCCUUAAUUCCUUUUUCUUCACCUUUUCUAUCCUACCUUACUCCUCCCAGACAGAUAUCCAGCCCCUAGUACGACUUAAGGCACUAUGGCACUUAGCUCUGAAGUGACACGACCCUGUCUUCCUUCCGCCUGCUGGUGGCAACCAGUGCCUUCCCUGUAACGGUAAUGCUGCAGAACUGCAACCUUUUGUACCUUUCAUUGGGGGGAGGGGGUGGGGAGGGAGAGGAGUUAGGUAGGGAAUAAAAAUCCCUAACCCAGCAGGCCUCCAGACAGAGCUCCAGCUGUUUGCAUUUGAAGGUUUGACUUCCAUAUUCACUGAGCUUUUAAAAAGAUCACAACCUCAUGAUGGUUAAUAUCCAUUGACAUUUGCACUUUCAGACUCAAGUCUAGGAGCUGCUGAGAUGACUGGCCCCGGCCUUUCCACUUAGACUUCCCCUUCUCCCUGUCUUCAUUCCUCCCCAACCUCCCGGGUCUGGAGCUACUUUCCAAGCAUUUCUCACUCUCGGCUUCUUUUUUCCCUGAUGGUCAACUCUCUUAUAUUUCAAUAUUUCUUAACUGGGAUAUCUUAUAACAAAAGAUCCUUAUGUCUAAAGUAAGAAAAAAAAAAAAAGAACAAAAACUAAAUGUUAUUUUUAUAUCAUAACUUGAGUCUAUUGCCAAAAUCUGGAAAUUCCUCCCAACCCCAAUGAGUUUACAUCCCAGAAACAUUGAGCCAUCAGAAGGAACUAUGUACUUGGCUUGUUCUCUGGCCUGGCUUGGUAGGGGUGGUUAUCGUCCCAAGGUGGGGCUCAGGCUCCAGCCUUCCUCUGUGCAGAUAAUACCUUUUUCUUACUACAGGUUCCCUCCUCUGCACUGCCCUGCACUCUUUCCUGCAAGUGCAUCUUCCUUCCUCUGGAUUGUCCUCUUGACACUUUGGUUCACCCCAGAUUCCAGUGUGUCCAGUGGACAGGCUGAGGGAUUUUGCUGCUCCCUAUUGCUUCUGUUUACACAAUGAAUUUUUCCUGGUUUCCCACUAGGGCAUGUGAGUGGGUGGCAUGGGUUUUUUUUAAAAAAAAAAAUUAUUUUGGUCUCCCUCAAUAGAGAUAGGGUAUGGCUGUUUUGCAGAACUAGAAAAAUAGGGGGUUCUAGCUUGGUGCCUGCUGGCCUUGAGACAAGAGCCCCUCUUUCCUUGACUGUUUAUUUUUUCCUAUCCCAACUUCCUGGGAGGAAGAGUUGCAGCUUCAUUGUGGAAAUUCCUCUUUUUGAGGAGCCUGGGCUUUGGUUUGCCCCAUUCUGGUGAUGAAGCCAUGACACUUUAGACCUCACCCAGACUUGGAGGCCAGCCAGAGGAAGGCCAGUCUGAAUCCUGGCUUGUGCAGUUAAAGCUACCAUUUCCCCUUUCCAGCAACCCUUGUACAGACCCAGAUUUGCUAUGCAAAACAGUCUAUCUCAGAGUCUGUUCUGGAUGGCUACUUUGUUCAGCAACUUCACAAACCGUAGCACAAACAUUGAUUAUGGAGAAGGCAUCAGGACUGUUGAGUAACUCCUCCUUUACUUCUUUCCUGCUGGCUACAGCAUGCAGUGCCCCACAGGCACAGUCCAGCUGAAGAACAAAACGGAGGGCUCUGGGAGGAGGCAGCUCACUGGAGAGCCACAUUCCUUACACAAGUGCCUAAAGAGGGUGAUGCCGACACUCCAUGUGCCCUGUCCAUCGCCUUCAUAUACUGUCUACUUCGUGUUCCGUCACCCAUUGGGGAGGGGAGCUCUCUUGGGACAGUGGGCUCUGCAUGUUCUCUUUUUGGGUGCAUUUUGGGUCUGGGAUCAGGGCACUAUUCCUAGAGGGUCCAGUCAUUCACCAGCAUUUGCAAAUGUUCAUAUUGAAGCUGGUGGUAGCCACCUAUUCUCAGCAACAAAUUUGUGUUUUCUCCUUUUCUCUCUUUGCCUCACUCUCUCCAUUGGAUUUUGAGCUGGAACUUGAAGUGCAGCUUUUAGCUCUUUGGCAUUAUGCACGCCGUUCAAGAAAUAUAAGCAAGAGAAGUAGUUUUGGGAAAAACAAGAAAAUGAAUGCUUUGAUUUUUUAAUUUUUUAAUCUUGGAGACUUGAAAAAUAUCCUUAACCUUGAGGAGCAUUCUUGUUUGAAAGGUGGUGCAUGCAGAUUAAGAAGUGGUCGCUUAAGAAGCUGUCGCUUUCUUUGAUUUGGUUUAAGUGGUGCUUCUUAAACUCUGAGGAAGUGCUGGGUGACCCCAGGCUCAUCCUCCUAGACAGGUCUCUUGCUUCCUUCUCUUCAUUCUCUUGCCUUUCUUGUCAUGUUUUCUCUCAUUCGGGAUUCCUUUUCCUUUUUUUUCUAUUCAUUCAGCUUGCUUGCUGGUCUGCCUGCCUGCUUGCCUGCCUCUGUGGUGAUGAAUUCUCUGCAUGGCUACAGUGAUCCCACUACUAGCUGGCAAUUUCAGGCUUAGUUCCCUGGCUGCAGAAGACCAAGAAUCUGUUCCCCAAACCCAGUGAUGUCCUCUCUGGCUGGCUGGACUGCCCUUAAGCUUACAUGAAGGCAGAAUAGCAGGUCUGCACAACUGGCAUGAAUCAAAGCGUUUCUGGAAGCUUCCAUACCUGUCAACUCCUUGGAGUUGGUUUCUUUCAUGGCUUUUUUUUUUUUAAGAUCUAGUUCUAAUUCUGUCUACCUAGAGUCUUCCUUUUUGAGACUGUCCAUGAGAUAAACUACUUGGGUAUAUCCAGGUUUGGAGGGCUGGGGGGAAUGAACAUGGAAGAAGGGAGUGAUGGGGAGACAAUGGAGAAAGUUUGGAUAAAUAUAGGAAAGGAGAACACUGUUCAAUGGUCAUUUUUCCAAUCUAGCCUGAUCCGUUGGAGGUUGAGGUGCUACUGCUGGCCUUUGGGGGAUAAGCCUGGGACUGUGGUUGCUGGGAAAUUAAAUAAUGCUGCAAAAGAAGGUACCUAAAAGUGUGAAACCCUCCUAAGAAGCUCCUUAUUCCCACCUACUAGAUGGCAAAACCACAUUGUUUUUAGACAGUUUUUAUUGUCUAAAAUAAAUUCUGUCACUGAGGCUAGCACUCAAAGAUGGAUAGCCAAGGGGACACUUUGACUUCUUAGCUGGCCCGUGGAAUAUUUGUAUGGCUGGUUGGACGGUGUUUUAGACUUAGCAUCAUGUGUAACAAAGAAGAUUAGAAGUUCUUUCCCCUAUCAGGAAGUCAUCUAAACUGGCCAAAAUGCAGUUUGGGAAACUAUGUUGAAUCAAGUUGUUUUAUUUAUAUUUACUAGGCCUAGU